AUGGGAGUGGUGUUGGAGACGGAGAAGGAGGAGGAGGGGGAGUGGCAGAGGUUACGGAUGGUAAUGGAUGUGGUGGAGGAGGUGGAAGUGGUUGGGGUUGGGGAGGAGGUAGGAAUGGUGAUGGUAGUUGUGGAGGAGGAGAAGGAGGUGAUGGAGGUGGAGGGCGGAAAAAUGGUUCGGGCUGUGGAUGUGUCAUCUGAGUUCGUCCCGUUCACCUUCAAAUUCGUUCUUAUUCACCACCCACCUGUAGUAAAUAUGGGUAUUGUUAAUAUCAGUGGAGGGGGAGUGGCAGAGGUUACAGAUGGAAAUGGAUGCAGUGGAGGAGGUGGAAGUGGUUGGGGUUGGGAAGGGGGCAGGAAUGGUGAUGGUGGUUGUGGAGGAGGAGAAGGAGAUGAUGGAGGUGGAGGUAGUGGGGGUAGAGGAGGAAGUGGCAAAGAUUAUGGAUGGAAAUCGGAUAGGUUAGUGGUGGAUGGGACGGUGGAAGCAGUUGGGGUUGGGGAAGUGGAUGGUGGUGGAUGA